AUGAUUAAGAUGAAUACAUUUUAUAGCAUUCUAUUCUCUUUAACUUUCAUCAUUGCUCUUCAAUUUGUAUUCAAAGUUUCGGGUGCUCGUCUCCUUGACGAGAAUCUCUCUUUUGAAACCAUGGAAUUUGAUACCGGUAAUUUGACCCGUGAGAGCUUUCCAAAAGGGUUUACGUUUGGGACUGCGACAUCUGCUUACCAAAUAGAAGGUUCCACCAACAAGGGAGGUCGUGGUCCAUGUAUAUGGGACACAUUUUUGAAGCGGCCAGGAAUUAUGGCGAACGGAGAAAACGCAGAUAUUGCAGUCGACGCAUAUCAUCGAUACAAGGAGGACAUUGAUUUGUUGAAAGAGAUGAAUUUUGAUGCUUAUCGAUUUUCAAUUUCUUGGUCUCGGAUCUUUCCAAAUGGCACCGGCAAGAUAAAUAAGGAGGGAGUUUCUUAUUAUAAUAAUGUUAUAGACUACCUACUUCAAAAAGGUAUUGAACCAUACGUAAAUCUUUAUCACUUUGACCUUCCUCAAGCACUUGAAGAUAGAUACUUGGGUUGGCUUGAUAGACAAGUGGUGAAUGACUACGCUGAUUAUGCCGAAUUUUGUUUUGCAACUUUUGGAGAUAGAGUAAAAACUUGGAUAACAUUUAAUGAACCAAAAGUGAUUGCUCAAUAUGGAUAUGGUGAUGGAUUACAUGCACCUGGUAGGUGUUCCAAACCAUACGGGAAUUGUCCAGCAGGAAAUUCUUCAACCGAGUCAUAUAUUGUAGGACACAAUCUAUUAUUGUCACAUGCAACAGCGGUGAAAAGAUAUCGUCAAAAAUAUCAACAAAAACAAAAUGGAAGAAUUGGUCUAGUAAUGGAUUUUCAUUGGUACCAACCACUCACUCGGGGAAAGGCAGAUAACUAUGCAGCUCAAAGAGCGAGAGAUUUUCACCUUGGGUGGUUUUUGCAUCCCAUAACUUAUGGAGCAUAUCCCAAAACUAUGCAAGACAUUGUUGGGGAUCGGCUACCAAAGUUUACCGAGGAAGAGGUUAAAUUAGUUAAGGGUUCUUCUAGCGAUUUCAUUGGAAUUAAUCACUACACAACGUUUUACAUGUACGAUGAUCCAAGUCUGUAUAACCUUACAGUUCCAAGUUAUCAAACUGAUUGGCAUGCUUCGUUUGCAAGUGAAAAAUUGGGAGUACCACUUGGUCCAGUGGCAAAUUCAGAUUGGCUAAGAAUUGUUCCAUGGGGUAUUUACAAGUGUAUGAUGUAUGUAAAAGAGCGCUAUGGAAUGCAUAACAUUAUACUAACCGAGAGUGGAAUGGAUGAUCCAGGAAAUGUCACUCUUUCCCAAGGUGUACAAGAUUUUACAAGGAUUAACUAUUUCAAGUAUUACAUUAGUGAGUUGAAGAGGGCUAUGGACGAUGGAGCAAAUAUAAAAGGCUAUUUUGCUUGGUCAUUGGUCGAUAACUUUGAAUGGAGAGAGGGUUACACAUCAAGAUUUGGUAUCACUUAUGUUGAUUACAAGACACUUGCUCGCUAUCCGAAAAUGUCUGCUUUUUGGUUUAAACAACUAUGUAAGAAAAUCUUGUAUUAA